AUGUGUCUACAUAUAGGGAUUGCGAAUGGUUAUGCAACUACUCUUUAUAUUGAACGUGAUGGCUUAUCGACACUAACAAUAAUUUUGCCUCAGGCACAUCCAACAAUAGCUAAUUUAAAGAGAGCAAUCGAAUCAACUGCACGUGUACAACAUAAAAGAGAGUUGCGUGAGCGAUACGAGAGCCGACGACGCAGACUACGUAUGUCCGAAGAAACUGAAAAUGCGAGCAAUAGCAACGAUAACUCCGACCAUAUGGACAACAGAAUGGAAGCAUAUCAGCAACGUCAACAUCAGGUUGAAACUAAUGCCGCUUGGUUGGCGGCCAACAGAAGCACCGGAGAAUUCGUUUACUCCACAACGCGCUGCGGUCAUCCACAUCGAACGACGGUUUCAUGGCGUUUUUUAUGGCGCGCCUACAUGUUGAUCGACGCUCAUACCAAAACGCCGCUUUUCGACCACGACGGACGUAAAUUGUUGAGUGAAUGUGGCAUAGAAAACGGUUUAACAUUACGAUUUUGCAAACGUGAAAUAUACUACAAACGUCGCCGAAAAUAA